UCAGACAAUAUCGAAUAAGUUGAUGUAAAUAAUGAUGGCGUCUGGAAGAAUUAGACAAGGCGUAUCUGUUUUCUCGAGAACUUUAUGUUGAUAGUGGUAGUUGCCUUCAUUUACAGACUUGGUGAUGUUGUUUAUAGUGAGGUUUUGGCCUAUACUAUGAAACCAUGUGGUUAUAUGGUAUUUUUAUAGUAAUAGCAAUGGUUGAACGGUGUCUUUCUAAACUUGACCUUUAUGUCGACUCAGACGAUGUCAAGCAGUUAUUAGGUGUCAGUUCUCAGCUGUGGUAUGUGCAUAAUGGGACUGUGAACAAAUAUGCACUUGGAUAUGUAGUUGUUGUGCCACCUCAAGUGGACACCUUAACAUUCCGAUGGCAAGCUUUAGAAGGCUGGACAAUGCCAUAUAAUCUGUCUGUUCAGAUAGCAAACCGUGAAGCGUUAUCAGUGCCAGUGCUCAAUAUUAGUGAGCAAGGACUAGUGCCUACACAACUCUCUGCAUGGACUGUGAGACUGAUUUGUACAGGCAAACUUACUACUCAAGUGGAUGUAUCAAUUACAUUAGAGGUACCUAUGACAACUUCCUUAUCAGAGCUCACAACUCUUACAAUACUACGAAAGAAGAUCUGCCUUAGAGUUUGUCGUUGUUUUGCAGAUAGUGAAAUAGGUGCAAAUGGCAUAUCUGUGGAGGUGGUAGAGGCGAGGCACUCUACAACUGUUGUGUAUAUAACUCUUGGUUGUUUAGCAGUCUUCCUUGUUGUUGUGGCUGCUCUUGCUACAUUUAACCACAUUCGAAAUAACAAAGCACGUCCCAACACAAGGAGAAGGGCUUUGGAAAAUAAUAGAUCAUCAGUCAGUGGAAGGACACAGAAUUUGCCUAAUAACCAGCGGGGAGGUGCAGUUGCUAGUGGUGGCAAGAAUUCACAGUCUUCAUUGAGUGAAUUGCGUCGGUCUCCUCAGCCGACCAAUACAACAACUGCCACAACCACAACUACUACAGGGAGCCCUGAACCUCAGUAUACUGAUCCUAGACAAGGUGAUGUAUCUGCAAAAUUAACUGGGCUAAGAGUGCCGCAUGAAACCUUACAGUUACUAGAAAUUGAACAAGAAGGAACCUUUGGUCGAGUAUAUCAUGCUCUCUAUCAACCUCCAGAUAAGCCACACCCAACAAGUGUAACAGUUAAGACUGUGACUGAGAGUUCAAGUGAGGUGCAACGGUCAGUGUUGCUAAGUGAAGGCAUCAUGUUAGCAGGUCUUGCACAUGACCAACUACUAACUGUCAUAGGUGCCGUUGUUACACCACCUGAGUCACCUCCACGCAUAAUCUUUCCACGUUCUUCCCAAGGCAAUCUGAAAAGAUUCCUGCAAGGUUGUCACACAUUAGUAACAAAGGAAGUAGUAAGCGUUGGUCUUCAAGUACUACAGGCUUUGUCGUAUCUUCACUCCCGCCUCCUUCUACAUAAAGACGUAGCAACUCGUAAUUGUGUUGUUGAUGAUAACUUAGCGGUAAAGUUGACAGACUGUGCACUUGCUCGAGAUCUUUAUCCAGCAGACUACCACUGCCUUGGAGACAACGAAAAUAGACCCAUAAAAUGGCUUGCGUUAGAGAGUCUCACACACAAAGUCUUCACUCCAGCUGCAGAUGUGUGGUCAUGGGGUGUACUCUUAUGGGAAGUAAUGACUCUUGGGCAGCAGCCUUAUGGUGAAAUUGAUCCAUUUGAAAUUUCGGCCGUCCUUCGCCAAGGUGUUCGGCUUGCUCAACCUAUUAAUUGCCCAGAUGAACUUUUUCAGGCAAUGACGUUUUGCUGGACUGCAGCUCCUAGAGAAAGACCCUCUGUUGAUGAGCUCAUCAUGUACCUCACCAACUUCCAACAGCACCUUGACAGAUAUGUGUGACAUAAUGCUUCCUCGGGGCACUACGUGUGACCUCGGGAUUACUUUUAUGACUUUAGUGGCAUUCAUUGCCACUUAUAAAGUGAUGCGUGUAUGAUAUCCUUCAGAUAGAAAGAUUUAAAACAGAAUGGGGUUUGGGUUUUUAUUAAUUUUUCAAUAUUCUUUUUUAUAUUUUUAUAUGUUGUAGCUUUAAAUUUUUAUUAAUGUGUUUCAAGAAUUUGUCACUUGUUUUGAUUACACACAUCUUUAACUGCCUGUAUAGUUUAGAAAAAUGAGUACAAAACAGUGUGAGGCAGCUAAUAUAAAGUGCAAGAAUUUUUUUUUGUGAGUGAAAGAGAUACUGUGAUGGAUGAGAAACUGUUCAGAGAACUCCCAUGUGAACUGCAAAGUUAGGUUUGUGUGUUAUGUGAUCAUGACAUUGCCUGCUAAAUUUCAUACUGCUGUAAUGGAUCUGAACUAGAUGUCAAGUUACAGUAUUGUAUAUUAGUUAAAGCAGGUGCACUUGUAUUAGAACUAUCAAAAUCUGUUUUGACUUUCUUUUAAUAUUUUAGAGUGAUUAAGCAUGGCAUUUAUUCCAGGCCAUCAUUUACUCCAUUUUUAAGGAUAUAUAAUACUCUGUAAGUACUACAACUUAAAUAUUUAAUGUUCCUGCUACUUUACCUCAUUCAUAGCAAUCACACCUGUCACAAGUUAAUUUUCUGCUUAUAUGAUGAAAAAAGUAAAUAAUUUUGGGUACAACCAAGAAAAGCAUAGUAAACAAAUAAUUAUUAAAAACUAUAAAUUUUGCUUUGUAAUGUAUUAUUAUUGACUCGAGAAUUAUAAAUGUAAACCAAAAUUAAUUUUACAAUAUUUGUAAUAGCCAACGUACAUUUCAUACUCAUUUUUACUUACAGUAUCAGAAAAUUUUAUCCUCUAAUCCUGCUUGGGUUUGAAAGAGCAGUUAGUGAUGACAUGGCAUUGCAAGCAUUCAGAAAAUGACUCGAGUGUGUGGUGAUGAGACAGUCUUUUUAUAGUAAAGUUGAUAAACCAUAUAGUGAUUAAAAGCUAAGGAAUUUUUGUAAGAAAUCAUUGAUACAAAAUCUUACAAUGUAAGUAAAAAGAAGAAUAAAUUGGUCACAAUAAGUUUUUAAUUCUGUACAUAUAGAUAAUCUGCUAUCUUCAUUCUGUAUCUGUACAGUUUUGUUUAUGUUUUUUAAACCGUUUUUGUUGAGGAAAAUAUUAUUUUUCUUUCAGAAUACUUUCCAUAUUACAGUAAUUAAGUGUUAAGCAUCAUUUGACAUGAAAUUUGUAGGUUAUCAAACCAAGAAUUAGAUAUACACUAUUUAUAUAUACAUAUAUACAUAUAUAUUUUUUUUGCAGUUGCCAUACGGAUAGUAAAGAACUUUUUACCUAGUAGAUAGUUCAGGAAAAUCUGGAAUCAUAGUAUUCAUAAUGUCAUUAUCUUCUAUAUAGCCUUUACAACAUUGUCUUGAGUUCUUAAUGUGUUCAGUACAAAGAGCAUUUCUGUCAAUGUCAGUUCCCCUUCUAAGCACAUUACAUGAGCAGGAGACUUCAAGUACGCAGCUCAUUUAAUCUUCAAUUUGGUAUCAGUUAUUUGGGAAAUUGUUGUAGUUGUUUGUUUAAGAAUAUCUCAUUAUGGGUCUAAAUUUGAACCUCAUACUGCCUGAGAAUUAGCAUUCCAUUUAGAUUCUGCUUUCAUGUUAUGUGAGAAUCAAAUAUGGUGAAUAUCAGGAAUUAUUAAAAGUAAGAUUUUUGCUUGAGAACCUGGUAUUUAUUUUUAUCAAGAUUCAUACACAUUAAUUUUUGAUAGUGAAACUCCACAAAUGUUAGACAUUUACAGUACAGUAUUUAUAAACAGAAUAAGUGAACAAAGUGCCAUGUUGUCUUAGAGAAGUGACUUGGGUUGUCAUUCAUUAUUUCACUUGAGCCAAAUUCAAUGAGUCAUGAUUUUAGUUAGGUAUGUUGAAUAUCUAAAACUUCGGAACUUUGGAAUUUAAUACAGCAAUUUAUCUGCAAACAUUGAAGUAUCAGCUCAAGAAGGGUUGAAAUUGAAAAUUUUCCGCAUGCAUUAAUAUUUGCAGGUAUUAGCAACAAACAAAAUAGUUUGAUAGUGUUUCCUUUUUCUGUGUUCUUAGUUCCAAGGGAAAGGAUUUUCAAAAUUUACAAGGGCAAUGUAAAAGGAUUUUAUUAUUUGGUUACGUAACAAAAUAUACAUAAAUAAAUGUGAAGAACUGACAAAAGCACAUCUUGAAUUAUUUUUGUUUCUUCUUAAGAUAAUUGCCAGAAAAUCUUGUAGAUAUCUUGUUUUUUGUUGUAGUGCUGUAGAAUAAUAAACUUUUUCUCAUGAUUUCAAAUCCAUGCUUGUAGUACAUUUUUACUGCUUUUAUAUUUUUAUCAUUUGGUAUUGAACAGUUUUGCAGGUAUGAAGGCAAAUUGAAGGAAAAUCUAAUAUAUACUGCAUGAAAAGGAGAGUGAAAAGGGAUAAGUUUGUCAAUGCUUACUCCAUUCUGUGAGUAAGACCAGCCGGACAGUCAAACGUAUUGUAAUCUUUUUAUGAAUGCAUGCUUUCAUAUGUUAACUAUUUUUGUACCCUUUUUUUCAUGUAGGGUGUUGUAAGGUUAGCAAAGUUAGAUAUGGAAUGCAUAUGUUUCCCUCUACAUUAUUUAACAUAUUGGCAACUGAAUCUGUUUUUCCAGGUUUUAUUAUUGACUUGUUUUCGAAUUUUGUUAAUGCUGGUGUGAUGUAAAAUCAAGCUUCUCAACAACAAUUAUUAUUAUUUAUGUGAUUUACAUCAUUUAGUUGACUCAGUGUAAACUUGCACUCUUUCCCUCUCUGUAUCAUAGCACUAAUGUAUAUCCUAACUAGGUAUUGUUAUAAUCUUAGUAUUGUUCCCAGUACAAAGUAUGUAACAACAUUUUUGUAUGAAUUGCAGAUGUAAUAGCAUAACAGAAGGUCAGCUGUUUCUUUUAAAGGCAUCACAGUACUUUUGAAAAGUGAUUUCCGUAGAUAAUCUAUUUUUUUAUCAAACAGUACAAAAGCUACUGUGUAGAACCCGGUUUUAUUAUUCAGGGAUAAUGUUCUAUUGAAUGAGUUUGAAUAUCGAUAGAAUUUAGGAUUUGUAUAUUUUUAGGACGAAGAAGCGUUCAUUAGCAGUAAGUUUCAUUUGGUAUAUGUUAAAUCAUUGUAAAAGAAUGUUUAUGAUGAUACAUCUCUCCUUAGUCAAUAUUGAUUUUAAUACACCAUGUAAGUUCAUUCAUCCCUUAUGGCAGUGCAUGAGAUUCAUAGAAAUGUGAGUAACCGGUGUUGUUGUGAUUCUACUUACCUUUGCCACAGCAAUCUGGUCAAAAAGUAAUCUUGAACACUUUCUAGUCCAAUUUUGAUUCUGUGACUAUAAAAGCAAAAACUAGAAGUUUUGUAAUCAUGUGUUUGUGAUAAUAAUGUUAGUAAUUUAAAAACUUGUGGUUAUUCUUGUAGGGUUUCAAGUUCUCUUGACCCUUGUCAGAUUGUACCUGUAGGUAGACAUUUCCAGCUUAUAUCUUGUAUUCUCAUCACUUCAGUAGCCUGCACCUUAUUGAUGGAAGCAUUUAUGGUAUGUAAUGAAGAACUUCAUUCGUAGCCCAGAUGUGGAUUGUUUUGAAAGACAAAAUAGGUUUCUGUGUUGUUGUUACAAGUAUCUUUUAUUAAGCAAUGUAAUUUUUAUCUUUUAGGUAAUUCCCCAUGUAAGGAUAUUAUAAUUUUUUUUUGUGUAUGUAUUUCAGUCUGAUUAAAUUUACAUCUUCCUUAAAGACAAAAUGUUAUUCCUCUGGUGAAGAUAAUCUCAAUGAGAUUUAAUAAGUAUUAAUGUAACUUUCCAGAAGCUGGACAUUUUAAAAACCAUUUUUAUUGUCCGUUGGUUUGGAAAUUUUACUUAAAUUCCCCAUUGGUCUGAUCCUUGAAAGUAAUUCUCAUACUACUGUGGCAGAAGUAUUCAGCAUCAACUUUUUCAAGGUAACAGAAGGGAAUAUUGUCAUUAGUGACUUAACUUUUGAGUUUUUUCAUGUAUAAAAAGGAGACUAAUUUUACUAUGUUGUUUUUUAUUAUUAGCGAAUUAAUUUUACCAGAGUGCAAUUGUCAAAAUCCACUAAUAAUAGGCAGUCUGUGUAAAUUGCUUUCUAGGAACUUUUACAAAAUGGUUGAGUACCAUUUUUUUCAUUUCUUCAUUAGCAAAACAAAUGAACUGAAUGCAGUAUUGACUCAUCUUGAGUCAGGUUAACAUACUGUAAUUCUUUAUUUUGUAUAAGGUAUAUUGCAUAUAGUUUACCAGUUAUAUUUUUAAUGGUCAGUGUUUUCUGUAUUAGAGAUUAUGCUUUAUUUUAUUACCAUAUUUUUCCAUCCUCAAAGUUCCUUGACAUUAACUCAGUAAUUAAAGUAACAUUUUAAGACAGCCAGAUGAAUUUCAUUUCAGAAAAAUAUUAUUAUCAUUUGGGUAAUACCAUGAGGCAAAUGAAUAAGAAAAUAUAUGGAUUUUACAUUUAUUCCCAUUUCUAUAAACUGUACUGUAACCUAGAAUGAAGCAUUAGUCACAGUAAUGGGAGGGAGAAACUGCUAAAAAAGUAACAUGGGAGUUAAUGGUAAUUCAUUCCACUAAUGUUUAUUAUUGUUGUGCUUAGUCCAAAUUGGAAAUAAAAAAGAUGUUUUGGCAUUUCAUUGACAGAAGAAAGAUGCUUGUGAGGUGAGUGAAAAGCUGUCUUUCUUUAGAAAUUACAUGAAGUUUUAUUCCCUAAGGUCAACAGUACUUACACAGGGAUUUUGAUUUUUAAAUGGCUUAUUACAUGGUGAAGGUUUAGGUAACUAUUUUCUACUUCUGAUUGUAAUUCUCAUUUAGGUCUUAAGUUAUUUGGUAAGAAUAUCAAAUGUUUGAGUCUUUUCCUUCUCUUCAUGUAUCUAUGGUCAAGCCUUGUUACCAUGAUGCCUCCAUCAGAUAAUUGCAGGUUGAUUUUGAAGAUUUUCUUAUUAUUUUCAUAUUAUUUUUUGUACUUUGUAUCACAGCAUGACUAAUAUUCAGUGUAUGGAAACAGGAUCUUUUAUAUGUAAUAAAAGAAAUGAACAGUUA